UAUUUAACAAUAAGAGAAAAACAGAAGAAACUUGCUCUCUGUUAUUAUUUAACAAAAUGGAUCCGUCAACGUUACCAUCAUCAUCAGGAAAUGCAUCAGAAACGAACAAUCAGUUUUGGUCGGAUGAAGAGGACAUGUUUUUAUUCAUCCUGAUAAAGAAUCGUUGUGAAAUAGUCGAAUCUGCAAUUAGUGAAGAUACGAAGGAACGACUAUGGAUAGAAAUACGAGAAUGUUUGAACAAUAAAUACAAAACGGAUAGAGACAUGAACUCUAUUAAGGAACGUUGGGAAAAAUUGAAGAGUUUGGCGAAACUGGAUAUUUAUACGCUCCUAUCGAAGAUCAAACAAAAAUCACCAAAGAAAACAAGCUAUCGUCCAUCGCAUUUCAAUCUGCAAAUUUGGAAAUUAUUAAAGCCUCAUAAAAGGAAGCAGGAUGAAUGCGACGAUGCGAUGGAGUAUUCCGCUUACAUGUUGGAUUUUGAAGUUCCCCAAGAAAUAGCUACAUUAUUGGAUAAUUUGAUAAGAAUAAGCGAUAUAAUAUUCGAUCCAUAUUUUGCCAGUUCUUCUUCUUCUUCUUCUAAUGUAUCAUCAGAAAGAAGUCGUAGUUUAAGCCCGCCAAGAUCAACAACGUCUCCCGAAGUCUAUAGAUCAUCUAGAUCUAGAUCCGCCCAACCUAGGAUUAGUAGUUAUAUCACGUACAGCGAUCUGACACAAUUGUCCGACGAGGAGAACGAAGAAGGUGCAACUGCGAGAAUCGAAGAAAGAAGAUCAAUGUUAACAGAACUAAGAUCGUUAAUAUCGAUCGAUCAAAAAUCAUCAAAAUCGACCGAAUCAUUGGUAGGAAACAGACAAAGACAAUUACCGAUGUCCGAAUUAUCACGAACAUUGGAGUCCGAUCUACAUGAUGAACAACCGUAUCGUCUCAUCGAUAGACGGCAUAGUAUACAAGAAUCCAAUGUAAGAACGAGCAGAAGUGGUAGAGAAAAGAUACCGCCGAGGACCGCCCCAAAAUUUCAUCAAUCUAACAUGUCAUCGUUUUAUCCUAACGAUAAAUGGCUAAAUUUACGAGAAUCUGAUAUAACUAGAGAAGAACCUGCAGGAGCGGCCGACGAUGGUGAAAGAAUAAUACCAGGAUCAGCAUUACCGAGGACCGAACCACGAAGGAGUGGACCAUCGAGAACCGAAUCAACUCAACAUGGUGCACAAUCCUUACACCAGAAAGAUAGAAAGGCUAAAAUAAAAGAAUCUCAUACAAGAACAUCCGAUGACAGCAGAGAAAGAAGAGCAUCUCUGAGAGCAAGAUGGACUGAACCCGUUCAACAAUCUGCCGCACAACUCAGAUGGAUAGGAAUACAAGAAUCUGAUGUAAGAACAACAGAUGAUAGUAUGAAAAAAAGAACAUCACAUGCAUCAACGAUGACCGAACCAGUUCAUCAAUCUGUUGCACAACCGUUUCAUCCCAGCGAGAAACGGGUUAAAAUAAAAGAAUCUGAUAUAUUAUCGGGUGAUGAUAGUGGAGGGAAAAAACCAACAGUACGUUGGAGUGAUCCAAUUCAUCGAUCUGCUGAAUCAUCAUCUCGUUCCAACAUUACAUGGAUUCAAUCAGAAGAAAAUAUAGCAAUGACCGAUGAUACUGACGAAGAAAGGCCAACGCAAUCACAAUCAAGGACAGAACCAACUCAUCAACCUGAUGGUGCACAAUGGUUUCAUCCAAGCGAUAAGUGGACGAAAUUAAAAGAAUCUCAGGCAAGACCGGUGGAUGGUGGUAACGAAGAAAGAAUAACGCAGACGCUAUCAAGGGAAGAACCAAGUGACCAUCAAUCUGUACAUAUCUUCGAACCCAGCGAAAGAUGGAUUAGAUUAAGAGAUUCUUUUGUAAAGCAAAGGCACUCUUCUAGAUCAGAUGAAGGCAGAGAAUUAAGACCAUCGUCGGAAGCACCGAAGAUCAAACCGAUCGUAUCCAGUGAACCACGACCCAUUCCAUUCAGCGAUAAACGGUUUAAAGCACAAGAAUCUGAUAUAAGAAUGAGGGAUGAAAACGAAAUAAGGCGGGCGCAAAGAGCACGUUGGAAAGAACCAAUUCAAUCAUCUGGUGAUAUACGAUCACUUUAUCGCAGUGAAAGAUGGAUUAGAAUAACAGAAUCUGAUAAAUCAACGAGCGAUGAUAGUGGAGAAGAAAGAAAAACCCACACCAUACGGAGGAACGAACCAUUACAUCAAUCUGAUGUACCAUCGUUCUAUCCAGCCGAUAAAUGGAUUCAAUUAAAAGAUUCUGUUACAAGAGGAGAAGACUCUUCAGGAUCUGGCGAUGAUGCCAGAGAAGUAAGAGUACCAUCGCAAUCAAGAAUUGAUUCAGUCCUGCCUGGUGAUAGAUGGAUUAGAUUGAGAGAAUCAGAUGUAAUGGUAGGAGAUUCUUCAGGAUCGAGCGAUGAAGCCAGAGAAAUAAAAGCACCACCAAAACCACCGAGAAUGGAUCCAUCCCUACAUGGUGUAAAACCGUUUCAUCCAACCGAUAGAUGGAUUAGAUUGAAAGAAUCUGAUGUAAUGGUAGGAGAUUCUUCAGAAUCGAGCGACGAAGCCAGAGAAGUAGGAGCAUCAUCGGAACCACCGAGAAUCGACCCAGCCCUGCAUGGUGUAAGACCGUUUCAUCCAACCGAUAGAUGGAUAAGAUUAAGAGAAUCUAAUGUAAUGAUAGGAGAUCCUUCAGGAUCGAGCGACGAACCUAUCAGAGAAGUAGGAGCAUCAUCGGAACCACCGAGAAUCGACCCAGCCCUGCAUGCUGGUGUAAGACCGUUUCAUCCAACCGAUAGAUGGAUAAGAUUAAGAGAAACUGAUGUAGUGGUAGGAGAUCCUUCAGGAUCGAGCGACGAACCUAUCAGAGAAGUAGGAUCUAAUGAUCCACACCAUGGAUCCACCGAAGCAUGGAUUACGAUAAAAGCACCUGAUGGAACAAUAGAAGCAAUUCCUAUGGGUUCGGCUGAUGUUGUGACCGAAGAAUCAUCAAAGAGCAAUUUACCAACUCAAGCUCAUGUACAACCGUAUUAUCCGGAGUCAUGGCUUAGAAUAAGAGAUUCUGUUAUGAGAGAAAGAGAAAGUCCUGUGAGAACAGUCGAUAGUAACAUCGAAGAAAGAGCAUCAGCACCCUUACCAAAUCCACCUCGUGAAUCUUGGCUUAGAGUAAGAGAGAGAAUAGCACAAACAAAUAUUCGUGCAAGACCGGCCGAUAGUAACAUCGAAGUGAGGCCAUCAGUAACGACUUUGCCAAGCCAACCUCAUGUACAACCGUAUUACCCGAUACCACGAGCUAGAGUAAGAGAGCCUAUUAUAAUAGAAACAGAUAUUCCUAUGAGACCGGCCGAUAGUGACAUUCAAGUAAGACCAUCAGCAAGGACUUUGCCAAGCCGACCUAAUGUACAACCAUAUUACCCGGAACCACAGAUUAUAGUGACCGAGCCUAUUAUAACGGAAACAGAUAUUCCUAUGAGACCGGCCGAUAGUGAUAUCCAAGUAAGACCAUCAGCAAGGACUUUGCCAAGCCGACCUCAUGGUAAUUUAAUGAUUCCUUUACGAAUACAAUCAUAUUGUCCGGAACCUCGGGCUAGAACAAGAGAGUCUAUUAUAAUGGAAACAAACAAUCCUGUGAGAUCGGCCGAUAGUAACAUCGAAGUAAGACCAUCAGCAAGGACUUUGCCGAGCCGACCUCAUGUACAACCAUAUUACCCGGAACCACGGGCUAGAACAAGAGAGUCUAUUACGAGGGAAAGAGUUCCUAUGAGAUCGGCCAGUAGUGAAGUUGAAAUAAGACCAGCGAGAACCUUACCAAGCCGACCUCGUGUACUACCCGCUUACGCGAACAGAUUUAUUGUUAAUGUAAGAGAACCUGAUAGAAGGGAAGGAUUAUCUAUGAGAUCAACUGGUGUUCCCACUGAAUCGAGAUCGUUAAUGAGAUCUGAAGCAGACCAACAUGAUGUAUAUCUUAGUAGAUUAAGGGAAACCAUUAUAGAAGAAGAGGAUUAUUAUCGUUUAUCGGAACAAUAUACACCGGAAGAAAGUAUAAGAAGAUUACAAAUUUUGAGAGUCAGGGAGAGAGAACUAUUUAUCCGAGAAAGUCAAUAUCUGGAAGAACAAAUUCGUAUGCAACGAUUGGAAAGCAAUCUCGAAACGGCACAAAUGCGUAAACGAAUUGCUUUGAGCGAAUAUAAAUUGGCGGAACUGAAGGAGAUAAUGCUCGAGUUGAAUAUAAGUGAUCCCGGAAGAAGAAUGUACAAAGUAUUUGAUUCUAGUCAAGCUAGAAUGACUGGUGCAUCUGGUUCUGGUUCAAAUAGAGGUGGCAGAGCUGGUGCUAUCCGUGAAGCUGGAGGAGCUUUUGGACAAAUGGAAAUUGCUCAUGAAGAUCAAUACUUUUAUAAUCAGCAAAAGGAACAGAUAAGAAAGUUGAGAGAAGGCAUUCGCGACGAAAUUGCUUUUCAUGAGGAACAGAUCCGGCGCCAUCAAGAAGCUAUAGAACGUCAUAACGCGAGGAUGGCCGAAAUGCGUACUACAGAACAUUAA